AUGGGACUGUAUUUUUUAGGUCUUUUAGUUGUAUGUACUUGUCCGCAAGGGCGGGUUACGGGCCUGGGGUUGUCUGUAUGCAAAAGUCCGUGCUUUGAGAUCUAGACCCUUCUCUUCUGCCUCGCGCUUCUCUCUACCCAUCUACAAUAGGUUGCUCCGCUUCGUAUCAAACUUUAAAAGAGGCAGAUUAAGCAUCAGGAAGUAUGGAUGCGCACGGUCGAGCGGGAGGAGGAGGAGUAGGAGGAGGAGGAGCGGAGAGCGGGGAAACGAAGACCAAAGGGGCUGAUGUCAGCCCUUCCCGCAGCGGGAGUCUGCCUGCUGAUACUAAAGAGAGCGGAAGAGAUAGCAAAGGGGGUGGAAGCCAAGGAGACCAAUCCGUGUCACAGGAACCUGCACCUGCGCCUAUGCCACCUACACCGACAGACAGCGCGGCGGGGUUGCGCAAGAGGUACUUGCAGCUGAAACCUCUGGGACCGUAUGAGUUGCCAUUCCACACCGACUUCGGCAGCGAGGCCAACCGGCAUCCCGAUCUGCUUCCUUUUAUAAAAAGGAUCUUUAACGAGGCGAAGAGUCUCGAUAUAUCAUCCUGGAGGAAGUCCUCCUCGCAUACGUUUGGGCCGAAGAGCGCCGCGAAGGGGAUAAAAGUCGACCAACUGGCAAGUCUCGACGGCGGGGAGGCAUGGUUCGCUCGCCAUUCCCGGCAUCCUGAGGAUGAAGGCACCGCAGAUGGAACCAAAACGAUCACUUGGAAAAAUUUUGAUCAGGUGUUGAGGCAGGACCAUUCCACGAAUGAGGCCGAGUAUACUCCAAACGUGUACGACUGUACUGAACUUCUGAGAUGGAACGAGAAAGAGCUGAAAGAGAUUGGAAAGAAAAUAGGUUUCAACGAGACGGCCAUGUGGAUCAUCAACAUGUACCAUGGAAUCCCAUGGCCGCUGAACGAUCGUGUUUUCUCUGUGCUCGUCCUAGUGGGUGUGCGGGCCGACCUUGUAGCUGGCGAACAGGGCGUGCCUACAGACGAAUCCAUAGUCGUGCAGUUACCCGUCGACGUCGUCCAACUUCCUGAUAUUAUCAAGAACAGAAGCCAUCAUCGAGUUCCCGGUACACCCACGUACUUGCGGGACUCAUCCCUAGCCAGCGAUAAACAGAAAGAAAAGAUUGGGAAGAAACUGGUGUACGGACAGUAUGUUAGUGUAGAGAGAGUUGCGAGGGAGAUUGAGACGGACGGCAAAGCGGUGACCCAUUGGACUAUGGCGACGUGGUCAGACGCGAAAGGUGUACUGCCCGGAUUCGUGCAGAAGAAGGCUCUGCCUGGAGAGAUUGUGAAGGAUAUUGAAUAUGUAUAUGACUUCGUGGGGACGAAGAGAAGAGAAGGUCGUUUUGAUUAAACAUUCAUGAAGAUGGCUAAGCGG